CUGGGGGUAGUAAUGGAAGAUGGUGCGGUCAUGUGGCUGGCCACUCCGAUCUAUAGCGGCAAAUCUCCAAGCUGCGACAGGCGAGUGAGAACGGCUAGAAGAGACUAGUGCCAGAAAUAAAUAUCCACAGUUAGGAUGCCAGAAGUUGCAGAAGUUGCUCAUGUGGUGGCAUUGCUUCGUAGGAACAUACUUGGGAGCAGAAUCGUCCAAACCAACCUCAAAAACGAUGCUCUUCUUUUCCCGUUGCUCAAAGGGUCUGCCACUCCAGAAGACGAUUUGACCCGGUUGCAGGCCCAGUUGACCAACGCAGUAAUCCGGUCGGUGGGCAGACACGGCAAGUACUUUUGGAUCCGGAUCCAGCCCGAGAACUCGUCCCAGACAGGUGUGUUGCUCAUGCAUUUUGGAAUGACGGGGAUGAUCAAGUUGAAGGACAUUUACUCCCACAUGGUGUUCAUGGAAAAUGGAGGAGACAAGAAGGUUUUGGAGCAGUUGACCACCUCCAAGUACUUCGCGAAGGGAAGCGUGGGGACGAAGGGGGAGGUCAAGGAAGAGAUCAAGGAAGAGGUCAAGGAGAUCACUGAGGAGGUUUCCGCAGACGUCAAAGACGAGGAGUGGCCCCCAAGAUUCUCAAAGAUGGAGUUGGUGCUACAGAAAGAAGAUGCCAAGAUUGACCUAGCGUUCGUGGACCCCCGUCGCUUGGGCAGGGUCCGUUUCCUUACAGGAGACAACGUCCAGACGGACACAGACUUGCUUCUCCAGGAACCAUUGAGCGCGUUGGGACCCGACUACUCGAAGCCAGGAGCCGAAAGGGUCAAAACCGAGACAGAAAAUGGCCAGGUGCCCGAAUUUGUGUUUGGAGACCCAGACCCCUACCACCAUGGACGACCCCGGCUCGAGCUCGAGGAAUUCAAUCGGUUGGUGCUCUCUAAGAAGAAGCCCAUCAAGAGCUUGUUGCUCGACCAGGGGUUCUUUGCGGGGGUGGGCAAUUGGCUCAGUGACGAGAUCUGCUAUCAUGCACGCCUACACCCGAGCGAGAUACUCUCUCUGAAGAUCGAGCCAGGUGACGAGGUCAGCGAUGUCAUCACCAAGUUAUACCAGUCGCUUGUAUUCGUGUGCGAAGAGUGUGUCCGAGUCGAAGGAGACACCCGGCAGUUUCCCACCAACUGGUUGAUGCUCCACCGGUGGGGCAAGGCGCGGAAGAAGCAGCCCAAGGCGCGGACCAGUGACGGUUACGAGGUGGAUCACGUAACGGUGGGCGGAAGAACCAGCUGUUUUGUGCCCGAGUUGCAGCAGCCCUUGGUUGCGGAGCCCACCAAAAAGAGGCGGAAAACGUGAGCGAUAGUAGGAACGAAGUCGGAGUUCACCUGGCGGAGAACGAAACAACGCCAGAAGAGAUAAUCUGACAAUACUUUCAGAUCUACUAUUGGCUCUGACAGUUAAAAUUGAUAGAAUAUGCCAGACCAUCAUGCCGUAUACACAAGCAACACCAAAAAAUGCUACAAGCUGUAUAGACCCAUAAGAUAUACCACAGAAAACAAUAAUUUCCCAUGGAACCAACCAUGAGUUUAACGAUCGUCAGAUAUUGAAGUAGGAU